AUGGAGGCCCUGCAGAGGCAGCAAGCAGCUCGCCUGGCCCAAGGGGUGGGGCCAUUGGCCCCUCCUUGCCUACCACUGCCACAGCCUCCCCUGCCUGGACCCCGGGCCCUGCAGGCUCCUGAGGGAGCCUUGGGGAAGGUUGGGGUUGAAGAAGAGGAGGAUGCUGAAGAGGAUGAGGAAGGGGAGGAAGCCAGAGCACAGGAGGAAGCAGCCGAGGAGAGCCAAACAGGGGCCCAGGGCCCCAGCUCACCUUCCAGCCAGCCCUCUGGACCCCAUCCUCAUGAGUGGACCUAUGAGGAACAGUUCAAGCAGCUAUAUGAGCUCGAUGCAGACCCCAAGAGGAAGGAAUUUCUGGAUGACCUGUUUAGCUUCAUGCAGAAGAGGGGGACACCUGUGAACCGCGUGCCCAUCAUGGCGAAGCAGGUGCUGGACCUGUAUGCAUUGUUUCGCCUGGUGACGGCCAAGGGCGGCCUGGUGGAGGUCAUCAACCGAAAAGUGUGGCGAGAGGUCACACGCGGCCUCAGUUUGCCCACCACGAUCACCUCGGCCGCCUUCACUCUUCGCACCCAGUACAUGAAGUACCUGUAUCCGUACGAGUGCGAGACAAGGGCGCUCAGCUCCCCAGGGGAGCUCCAGGCCGCCAUAGACAGCAAUCGGCGCGAGGGCCGUCGCCAAGCUUACACCACUGUCCCGCUCUUCGGCGGCGUAGCGGGCCCAACCCCUCCUCGGGGCGCUCCAGGUCCUGGCCCCAUCCCGCCCGCGCCCACACCUGCGCCCGCGCCGGGUCCGGUCCCCGCCUCUGGAUUGCCGGCUCACGCGUGCGCCCAGCUGAGCCCAAGCCCAAUUAAGAAAGAGGAAAGCAGAAUUCCAACCCCUCGUCUGGCACUACCUGUGGGCUUGGCCUUGGGGCCUGCACGGGAGAAGUUGGCACCAGAGGAGCCUCCAGAGAAGAGGGCUGUACUGAUGGGCCCCAUGGACCCACCUCGAAUCAGUGCACCUCCCAGUUUCCUGUCCCGUGGAAAGGUUCCUCUGAGGGAAGAACGCCUGGAUGGGCCUCUCAAUCUGGCAGGCAGUGGCAUCAGCAGUAUCAACAUGGCGCUAGAGAUCAACGGGGUGGUCUACACUGGCGUCCUCUUUGCUCGUCGCCAGCUUGUGCCAGCUUCCCAGGGCCCAACCAACCCUGCACCCCCACCUUCUGCAGGACCCCCUUCCAGCACCUUGCCUUGA